UGAUGAACCAGUCGGGCUUUAAUAACAGAAGAAGAAGAAGAAGAAGCGCAGCGAGACUCACAAGAGGCACAUUUGGAAAGUUAUUCAGCAAAUAUUUCACUAAUAUUACAAUAAUAUUACAACAAUAUUACACUCAUCAAAUAAAAAAGGAAGAAAGGGAGCCGGCAAGUUUUGUCGGGGCUUAAAGAGACGACUUUAACGGUCGGACUGAGGCCAGAAGAGGAGCAGCUGUGUCGAUAUUUGACAGAAUGGAUCCAGCACUACGCAGGGAGACGGAGCUCUUCAAGAAGAGAGCUUUGUCCACACCAGCAGUGGAGAAAAGACACACUGCAUCAGAGUCUGCAUCGCACAAGAAGAAGAAGCCCAAACUAGACAAGGAAGGAUCUUCCUGGUCCAAACCAAGUGCUGAGUCCAGUAAUGGCAGCUUCAACAUUAAGACCAGCUCUGGCUACAAGUUUGGUUGCCUGGCCAAGAUAGUGAAUUAUAUGAAGGACUGA